UUGACGCAGCACGGCCUCACCCGGAACACCAUCGAGACACAAUCAUCACACCUCCAACCAGUUUACCCAGCUCACCAUGCGUUUGACACUCGAGGAAGCCCUGCAACUAAAGGAAGCCCGAGACAAAAAGAUCAGGGACGAUUGGAUUCGGGUGAUGGAGAUGAGAAUCAAUCAAGAAAAGUUGGCGGAAUGCUAUCGGACCGAAGGCGUCAAUUCUUACGAACAAUGCGCUCACUUGGCCCAGACCGUGAUCUCUCAAAUCCCAGAAGGAAGGAUCCGAGGAUUUCGACUGUUGGAACAACGAAGGAACAACGAAACCCAGUCGUGAUUAGAACCUAGACGCAUCGAAUAAAUCCGGACCAUUCCAUCCAUCGUUUUCUUCUUUUUCACACACACACACUCUCAAAAGUCCGUUGUAUUCUAACUUGUCUGAUCUUCUCGAGCUCUGAAAACAACAUAGUUUGUAUGACGAUGAUAGGAUAUUGUUGGCUGGAAGAGAAUAAAGAUCAUCCGUCAUCUCGAUCGCCCCUGAUGACUCAUCAGAGAAUUGUUGUAAUCAAACUCUAGAGACAAACUUUUGUUUCCCCCAGCUACAUGCUCCAAAACACUCCAAUCAUCACUCCUAUUGAAACCUAAUAUUUACUUCCUCUAUGAGCCAGUCGAUCAUGAUA